AUGGAGCCCGCUCUUCUAUACAAUGCGAUGUUCCUGACCGAAAAGCCCCGAAGAUGCUUCCAGGAACAAGUCUAUACAGCAAACCGAAACACUGAUAGCAUACCAACAUACGCAGAACUGAAUCCUUUGCUCGAAGAUAUCGAGCCUUUCACCCCCGACCAGGUACUGGAUUCCCUCGCGCCAUAUAGCCAUGAUUUCAAUUCGGUUACUACGCCUUCAAGCCAGCAAAAUACAGUGUCCGAAUUUCAAAACGUGAUUGAAGACCGAGUCCCAAAAAUUGAUACAUCAUCCCGCAACCAAUUCCAGUUCAAGAGCAAGUGA